UAGGUUGUGCCUGUGAGUGAAGGUGAAAGUGCGCCUGUAAAUGUAAUUUAAUUAUAUUGAUUGUGUGGACGGGGUGCAUCAACAGAACAAAAAUGACUACUAGUGUGACAGUGUUUUCAAGAGCAAGUGAUUACAAAAAUGAGGGAAUGUAUGUGUUUGAAAAGACAAAAUUGAUGUGCGGGUACUGCCAAAAGCCAAUUGAUUGGACUCGUAAGAGUGUGAUUGACAACCACGUUGACAGUGACAAACACAAAGGUAAUAAGGAAAGAAAAUUAGCAGAGAAAAAUAAUAAACGUCAAGUAUCAAUAGCAGAAAGUAUCAGCAAUGCCAAGAAACUUAAACAAGAUAGAGAAGAGUUUAUCAAGUCAACUGUGCGUGCAUUUUUGAAUGCUAACAUUCCCCUAGAAAAGCUUGACAAGACAGAAUUUCGUCAGUGGCUCAAUAAAUAUGUACCUGGUUCUGGUGAUUUGCCCAAUGCUCAACAACUUCGAGAGAAGUACAUUCCUCUUUUGAAGGACGAUUAUGAUGAUAUACUGAAAUCAAAACUGAAAGGGAACAAAAUCAUUGUGCUGUGCGACGAAACAACCAAUAGAUUAGGCCAAGCUGUUUUCCUUGUCCUGUUCAAGAUACUACCUUCCAAGGAGAAUCCCACACCAAAUCUUUUUGUUGCUUCUGUGAAAAUACUGCAGAACACUAAUGCGGACGAAUGCUCUAAGGCUUUUUUGCAGACUAUUCAACAUUUUGAAGUGGCCCAUCAGGAUGUGGUCGCUAUUGGAUCAGACAGUGCAGCCUACAUGAAUUUAUGCAUUCGGCUCCUAAAAACACUUCUAGAUAACCCUAGUUUGAUUCAUUUGCAGUGCUGGGCCCACAAAUUAGAUAAGAUUGUUAAAAUCUUCCCUGAGCAACUGGUUAGACUAAAUGAUUGUGUCUCUUUUUCUAAAAAGCUAUUUAAGAACACAAGAAAAAGGAAACACAAAUAUAUUAAUUAUUUAAAAACUAAGUACUCUUUUACAAAUGCUAAAGAAAUUAAGCUGUUUCCAUUACCUGUUAUGACUAGAUGGGGAACCUGGAAAAAAUCUGCUGUCUAUAUAGCUGAUUAUGCUGAAGAUAUUGCUGAUUAUGUUUGCAAAGAAUUAACAGGAAAGUCAUAUGACAGUCAGGCUGUCAAAUAUUUUCGGAAACUGAAACCUGAAGAUAUUAUGAUUAUUAAGGCAGAGGCAAAGUUUGUGGUAGAAUAUUGUAGCCCUGUUUGUGAUUUGCAAUUAAUGGUUGAAGGAUCUAAGUACCCCAUGUCCCAUUUGUUGUAUGCAAAGGUUAGUGAGAUUCGCAAACCCUUUUCUAGUGUAGCUAAUGCUGGGGACUCUAUUCAGGGGGUCCUUUUUGAUAAGACAAAAGACAGUGUUGCUUUAGUGCCUCACACAAAACAAAAGACAUUACUUGGGAGAAUUAAGAAGGUGUGUGAGGCUUGUAAUGAUCUAAUAAAAUCCCAACUUAAAGAGGACACUGCUUCAGAAUUUUUUGAGGCAUCUAAUAUUCUUUUUAAUCCUUGUAAGCUGUCUGCUUCUCUCUCGAGUGAGAAAAUCGUCAAAGCAAAGGAAAGUAUUGCUAUUUUAAAUUGUAUUCCUACAGCUAACUUUGUCAUUUUGCAUUCAUUACUUUCUGACCAUGUUAAAGAAAAUAAUGCUAAUGCUAGUCAUUCUAAGAAGGGGGGUUCUAGGGAGGAUGUUGUUGUGAAUGCUCUAAUGUCUAUGAUGCAGGAUCACCCAAUAUUUGCUGUUUCUUGUUUGCAAGUGUUACAUGUAAGUGUGUCAAAUGUUGACAGUGAAAGGGGUUUUAGUGCAUAUGGAGAUAUAUUUACCCCAAAGAGAACAAACUUAACCAAAGAUAAGGUAGAAGCUAUGAUGUGCAUGUAUUUUAGUAGUGGGAUGAUAGAUCUUAAUAAUAAUAAUGCUACUGACUACAGUGAAAGUGAUGGAGUAGUAGCUAGUGGCAGUGGACCCCCAUCUGUGUAUUUUAAUGAUACUGAAGAUAUGUUUUGUGAUGACCUGUGACCUGGCCUGUAACCUGACUGAUUUUCUGGAUUUUUUACUGA